AUGGCGUCUCCGGCGCAGUUAACUAUUGGCUUCGCCCAUACCCCGGACCAUCUCCUACCAUAUUCCUUAGGCCUCCCGACCGCUUCGUACUUUAUACAAGACCUUAAGUUUCUAGCUGUCGGCUAUACUUCCGGUGCCAUCAUACUACUUGAGACGGCUAAAGAUGGCGCACACCAACGGCUCCGAACAUACCUUAGUGGUCACGAUUCGUCUAUUGUUGCCUUCGAAUCGCUGGCAGUUCGAUCACCCUCCGGGAAGGACGAUAUAAUCCUCCUAAGUUUAUCUUUGGACGGCCGGAUAUGCAAGUGGGACGCCACCGAUGGCCGGUGCAUCCAAUCUGGGGACGGAGGCCUCGACUGCCGGCCACGUGGGCUCUCCGUAAUCCCGAUUCCGGCUGUCAAUUCCGAAGGGAAACCAUUGGAAUUUAAUUGGUUGACGGACUACUACGUACUUGUCUAUGGAUGUUCCACGUCAAUAACUGUCUUAUCGUUCACCACUUUGUCAUUGGCUUCUUUGUGGACAGGACACCAGGAUUGGCCAAUUCUCUUAUCGAUUCCAGGGGCCUCGCAUAAUACCAUCUUUACGGUUGAAAACGGGAGAGGGCUACAGCCAUGGUCGUUAGUGCGAAAACAUACCAGCACGAUAGAUAUCUCUAAAGUUCAAGAAACACCUUUAGCUGUGGGGGAUCCGAAAUUUGGUAAUAUCGUUGAAGUUCGUUUGUUCCACGAUAUUAAAGAAGAUGACGAGGACAAAGUAUUGGUUGUGCAAGAGAACGGGCUCUCUGUCUACAAUUGUAUCAAGAGUGGAGGGAUUAGGUUGGAGUUUUUAGCGUCCGUCGAUGAGGCUUCCAUACUCAGAAGUGCGACGGUCCAGGCCCAGCUGGUAUUUUCUGUCCUUCAAGAUGGGAGUAUCUCGAUCUACGAUGAAGACCUCAACUUGUUAGAGAAAAUAUCACCCUGUCAAUCACCGCGUUAUCGCGCCGUGUACUAUGCAGCCAGCGAGACCCCAACCGGAGACGCUCAGAUUACGGCUUUUAUCGUGAAGAAUACUGGUGGAAACAGUCUUAUAACAGGGUUUAAGUCUAAAGCCUCUAGUUUUCAGUGGCUUGAGGAAGGUGCGUUCGUGACAUCAAAGGUAUUGAAGUUUAAGGAUGGUAUUAACAUCUUUGUUGCAGAUACCACAACUGAUGCUAAUUCCAAGCAUUCUACCGCGUCGUCGGUUUUUGAGUACAAUAUGGUUUAUGCUGUGAGGAACGAGCUGAAUCUAUACACGCUCGACCGAUAUCUACUGGAUCUCUCGUCACCGAACCACUUAAUGACAGUAUCUAGCUCUUGCGAUAGGGUGAAUGUUCUUCAAUCGAUCCAACUCCCCAAAUCCUCUGCCUCGGGAGAAAGACAUUACCUUGUAGUCGGCCUUGCCAACGGCUGUAUAUACCUCAUUGAACCUAAAAAGUUCCAAAUGUCGAAGUGUCUAUCGCUACAUGCUAGCCCUAUAAAGGGUGCGGUAGUACUGCCUGCGGACCUUGCACCAAGGAUACGAUCUACUCUACUGGUGUAUUCAGAGAACGGAAGCGCCUCGAUCAUAGACAUCAUCCCAGCGGUCAGCGAAUCGUCGUCGUUCAAAGUGCGGACGUUGUUGACACUGCCUUCCGGGAUGGCCUCUCGGAAGCUUGCCUGCGUGGCCACCCAAAAGGGUAAAAAUCUAAUUCUUCUGGUAGAUGCGGACGGCCGGAAAAGGCUCUGGGAUGUUGAUUCAGGGGACGGGGUGGCGCUGGUGAAUGACUCGGACUCUCCAAAAUCCGCGACAUUCCGUGAAGCUCAAAGCUCUGAAGAAUUGGACAGUUCAAAAGAACCGUGGCGAGAACAGUGGCUCGCUGGAUCUAAAAAUGGGUUCUCUCAAAAUUCAUCAAAGCCGAUUGUGCAGGAUAGCAAGGUUCCAAGCUCGCAUGGGUAUCCUACGGCCACAGUAGAUAUUUUUGCUAUCCUUCGUUAUUUAUACAAAAAGACGAAAGGCACAGAUAAAGAGCAGGUUUUGGCACCGGAUGAUGAUGUCCUCGUGCCCGCUAGGAGCCUAUUGACCGUCCUAGUAGAUUACUUAGGUAUCUACCGUAAAGGAGGGGAUUUGUCCGACAAGGGCCGCCUCGAACUUUCGCAGCUUCUUAUAGAAGGCUACAAGAAUAAAAUUUCGAUCGCACAAGUCGAUUGCGACGGCAACAUAUCGAUCAUGCUUCGGGAUGGGUCUCAGGAACAGAGUAUUGAAUGGGGGAAGAUGAGCCCUCGAAGCCGGACUCAGCUUAUGAUGUCGAUUUGCUCCUUGAUAUACACUAUUGGUCAUCUGACGACAUCCUCAGAAACAAUUUCAGACGGUGAAGAAUUGCUGAAAAAGACGGUGAUUUCGAUUCUUAAACAGGUGCAGGAAGGAGGAACAGGCUUGGAUCUUGCUUUGUUGUGCGAGUUCUGGACUGAUUCAAACCCAUGGAUUCGGGAGUCAUGCCGAAUACUCUUGGAAUCAGAACUAUCAAUACUAAAGCCCGCAGACAUAAAAACGGUUAUUGAAUACUGGCAGGAUUUCUUACCAACCCAGAUCUCACCAGAGUUGUUUUCAUUACGGGCAGUCUUAAGGUCUGUUGUAGUAUUAUCGGUGAUCAUCGUAUCUCUAGAUAUCAGUAAUGAGUCAGGAUUUAAGAUCGAUCGAAGCUUGCGCCGCAAUGUCGCCCUCUCGAUUGAACUCUUCCUCACCGAUAACGACAAGGUCUAUCAAGACCUUGCGAUUGAUCUCGUCAGCGAAGGCUGGCUAAGUUGGCAGAGUGAAUUUGAUGCCUUUGAAGUCAUUCACAUCCUGAUGCGCAUUCUUGCAGCUCCAAACUUAACUCAAGAACGCAUCACGAAGAUCAACUCAGCAUUUAUCAAAAUCGCACAAAAGAAUGCGCCAUUGCUCGCGUCUGGUCUUGCAAACUGUAUUUCCCAUGGUACACCGGAGAAGGGGAUCGCAUCAAAUACUUUAACAGAACUUAUCAAUCUUAGUAUUGCCGCUAAAAAGACGGUAGUCUCGAUCGUCCGCUCGGAUCCUUACCUCUUUGCUGAGCCAGAAAUCAUCAAGGUGGUGAUGGACGCCAUUGUCAAGAUUAUAGAUCCUCAAGGUGGGCAAAUUCGAGAUAGGGUUCUACAAUACGUUUCAGAGGUCGUAAAUGAGGUCACAGAUGCUUAUCCAACUGUUGCAUUUCAUCGCCCUACACAAAAGCUUGCGAUCUCCUCGUCUCCUCGUGCUGUGACGAUCUAUGACCUCAACACUGCAAAACCAGUCGCCAGCCUAGAAGGCCAAUCGAAAACGACUCAGUUCCUAACCUUCAGCCAAGAUGGGAAAACAAUUGUUGCGGCGGAUCUGGAUGAUAAUCAGUUGCUUGUGUGGAAGAUAUCAGUUAGUAUAUUUUCUAGUUUUAUGGGGGCGGCUGCCGGUAUUGGCAUCGGCGCUGAAGGGGUGGGUAUCAUCACAGCGAAAGGGAAGUACGGUUUCAAGAAUUCGAAGGGGGUGGGGAUGCUGAGAAUCGAGUUUACCGGGGAAAGGACGGUUAAGGUUACCGCCGGGCCCGACGUUACGAAUGUGUCUAUCUAG